AGCAUUUGAUUAUUGCUUUCCCCCCACAGCUUCUAGGUUAAUUGUGUUCUUUCGAUCGACGACGCCAUGUCCUCUUCUUUGCUCCAAGGAGCUUUGCUCCUGUUGUGUGCUAGCUGUGCCCUGGCUGAAUCGCCCCCGAUCUUUGAGAAUUGUGUUGAGCAGUUCCUCUACAAUGCCGGUGUCCGCCCAUAUUAUAUUUCUGAGUAUGCCGACGUGAUGCAUCGCAACCAGCUUUCCGUUGACGAUCUGGCCGAGUUGUCGGCUAUUGAUCUGUUGCGGGAAUUCAGCCGAUCAUACAACAUCACCUACGGUGUGGACAUUGUCAAAAUUUACGAGUGCCUGCGGGCCGAGGGCAGGUGUGGCGCUGCCUACUGCUCGAACGGUGGCAAGUGCGUGUUCAGUGACUCCGGGUCUACUCACGUGUGCCAGUGCGCCAAUGGUUUUGCCGGAGAACGCUGCGAGAAGACCUUUGGCGAGGUGGUGUCCGACCUGCAGAUGACGGUCGACGAGCUGACGCGCGAGCUCAAGGCCAAGGGCGUGACGUACACGCGCUGGGCCAAGAACAGCUGCAACGCCACCGCCGGCGCUGAGCUGGUGUACAACGGCUACAUGGCCGGCAGCCGGUACGACCACCCAUCCGGUUCCAACUACCUGUGCUUGCCACACGCGCCCGUGUACGGUGACUUCAAGCCCGGCACGACCGAGUACGGGCAGAUCCACUCGGCCGAGCUGCAGAUCCCCAACUAUUUCCCACCGUACGGACCGCUCUACCAGGCCGAUCCCACCUGCUCCGUGUGCCGCGCUGCCGGCCGGUCCAGCCACGUCAUGUUCCCCGCCACCAAUCAGUGCCCGCCGUCGUGGACCCGCGAGUAUCACGGCUACCUGAUGGCGUCCAGCAAGAACCGAGCGUCGUCCACCGAGUUCGUCUGCAUCGAUCGCAAUCCCGACGUCAUCCCGGGAGCGGCCAGCCGCGCCAGCACCAACGGUGCCGAGAUCAUGUUCAUCGAGGCCCGUUGCACCACCGGUCUGCCUUGCCCGCCCUACGAUGAGGAGAAGGAGCUAACCUGCGCUGUCUGCACGCGUUAGCGAGGCUAGCCGAGAAGCAUCCGUUCUCUACUUUCUUUGUUCAUUGUCAGCCGAGAAGCAUCCGUUCUUUAUUUUCCUACUUCAUUGUCAGCUCCUCACUCCUUCCUGGCUUCCUUGCUCUAUUUCCUGUAGCUGCACAACAUAGAAUGAUGUUAGAAGAUUUCCGUGGAGCUCUUUUUUGAUUUGAUUAGCUGGACAGUUCCAACUUCAGGAGUUAUUUUUUUUCUUGCCUUUUCCUGUUUUGCUUUUCAUUUCACUGGUCUGAAUUCCUACUCGCGAAUGACUUUUGAGUUUUGAUGCCAAGAUUGACCCUCCUUACUGGUA